UAAGAUGUUGCAACCGUCGACCAUGAUAAACUGAAAGAAAACCCCCAAAAAUCGCUUCAAAUCCUCCAUUAAUUGACUAUAAUGAGUUUAUGCUUCCAUCCAGUAAUCAAACCUUUCUCUAUCUUCCCCCAAUUCGAACUCAAUCGGAGCCCUAAUUUCACAACCAGUAGUUCUAUACAAAAUUACAACAAUAAUAAUGUUCGAAAGGACCGUCACCGUCGAUUCAAUCCAUCAAUUAGGGUUUUAGAAGGAGUUUUAUCACCUACCGAUGACGGUACGGAGGUUCAAUCGCCGGAUACAGACGACGGUGUGGAUGCUGUGGAGGACGCCGGAAUUGCUCCGGCGAGUGUUCCGACGAAGAAGUUUGUGAAGAAGAAAGUGAUUGAUAGUGAAGAGGAUGGAGAGAAUAGUCGGUUCAAGCUGCGUAACGGCAGAGAGGUUUUUGAAGAGAAAGCCUACCUUGUAGGUGUUGCACGUAAAGAUGAAACCGAGGAGUUAUUCACCAUUGAAGAGUCACUCAAAGAACUGGCCCAGUUAGCUGAUACUGCUGGACUCAUGGUUGUUGAUUCCACUUAUCAAAAACUAUCUACUCCAAACCCAAGGACAUAUAUUGGAUCUGGCAAGGUUGCAGAAAUUAAAGCUGCAAUUAAUGCUUAUGCUGUCGAGACUGUAAUAUUUGAUGAUGAACUCUCUCCAGGUCAAUUACGUAAUUUGGAAAAGGCAUUUGGUGGAAACGUUAGAGUGUGUGAUCGUACUGCUCUCAUUCUUGAUAUAUUCGACCAGCGAGCAGCAACACGUGAAGCUUCUCUACAGGUUGCAUUGGCACAAAUGGAGUACCAGUUACCAAGACUAACAAAGAUGUGGACACAUCUUGAACGUCAAUCCGGAGGAAAAGUCAAAGGUAUGGGAGAGAAACAAAUUGAAGUGGAUAAACGUAUUUUACGCACUCAAAUUGGUGUUCUUAGAAAAGAUUUGGAAUCUGUUCGGAAACAUAGAAAGCAAUAUCGGACAAGACGCCUUUCAGUACCCGUGCCAGUUGUGUCACUGGUUGGAUACACGAAUGCUGGAAAGAGUACACUUUUAAAUCAGUUGACAGGGGCUGAUGUUCUUGCUGAGGAUCGGUUAUUUGCAACACUUGAUCCAACCACACGGAGGGUACAGAUGAAGAACGGAAAGGAGUUUCUGCUAACAGACACUGUCGGAUUUAUUCAAAAGCUACCAACAACUCUAGUUGCAGCAUUCCGAGCAACACUGGAGGAAAUAUCAGAGUCAUCCCUUCUAGUGCACGUGAUAGAUAUAAGCCACCCACUGGCGGAACAGCAGAUCGAUGCGGUAGAAAAGGUUCUAUCAGAACUAGAUGCUUCUUCAAUUCCCAAAUUGAUGGUGUGGAACAAGGUCGAUAAGGCUAGCAAUCCGGAGGAAAUAAAGCAAAAAGCUAAGGAUCUUGAAGAUACAAUUUGCAUAUCUGCUCUUAAAGGCAGUGGUUUGGACGAAUUCUGUAACGCAGUACAGGAGAAAUUGAAGGAUAGUAUGGUAUGGGUGGAAGCUUUGGUACCUUUCGAUAAAGGAGAACUCCUCAGCACCAUACAUCAAGUCGGUAUGGUCGAACGAACUGAGUACACAGAAAACGGGACACUGGUGAGAGGGCACGUUCCUCUUCGUUUCGCGAGGCUAUUGACACCGAUGAGACAAACAUGCGUAUCGCAGUCUCCAGUUUCUUUGGAAGAUGAUAUGUUAUAAUUUAUAAAGACACACUUAAAGCAACAAUAUAUCUUGCAACAGAGCCUUGAAGAGUUAAAAGAUGAUCUGUAUAUAGUAUAUACCUUGGCUUGUGUAGACCAACAGUUUCGUUCGGUAAUCACAUGCUUUGACUUUGACUUGGCUUUGUAGCAUCGUAUAGUGUGGCUGUAACUUCCGUUCGGAGAUGUAUAGUAUUGAUAUUUGUCAUCUUGAAGCUACAAUGUCGUCUCACUAUAUUUAUUAAUUAUUUAAAAAUGAUUUCAGCUUAA